GGCUCCCCCGCCGCGCCCAUCUCCGCCCCGCCCCGCAGGGUCUCGGGCCACGGGACGCGCCCGGGCCGGGGAGCAGGGGGCGGGGAAGGCACGGGGACAAAGGCCGCUGGCCCCGCGCUCAGACGGGCAGGGAGGCGGCGGGUCCGUGAAGCCCACGAACCGCCCGCUCGUCGGCGCCGCGAAGGACCCGCGCCGCGUGGAGAGCACGGAGCGGCCGGGAGGGCCGCGGGGCCCCGCGCAGGGCAAGCGCGCGCCCGCCGCCUCCUCCUCCUCCUCGCCGUCUUCCCCCUCCUCCUCCCCCUCCCGGCCCUCGGCAGCUCCGCGCUCGGCCAACAUGGCGACGGCGGCGGUCGGGCGGGAUACUUUACCUGAGCACUGGUCCUACGGGGUGUGCCGCGACGGCCGCGUCUUCUUCAUCAACGACCAGCUGCGCCGCACGACCUGGCUGCACCCGCGCACGGGUGAGCCCGUCAACUCGGGCCACAUGAUUCGCUCAGACCUGCCCCGCGGCUGGGAGGAAGGCUUCACGGAGGAGGGCGCCAGCUACUUCAUCGACCAUAACCAGCAGACCACAGCAUUUAGGCAUCCUGUGACCGGGCAGUUUUCUCCAGAAAAUAGUGAAUUCAUUCUUCAAGAAGAGCCAAACCUACAUAUGUCGAAGCAAGAGAGAAACCAAAGACCGUCCAGCAUGGUCAGUGAAUCGUCCACAGCUGGAACCACGUCCACUUUGGAGGCCAAGCCUGGACCAAGGAUCAUCAAAUCUAGCAAUAAAGUCCAUAGCUUUGGGAAGAGGGAUCAAGCCAUUCGGAGGAACCCCAAUGUUCCAGUGGUGGUGAGAGGCUGGCUGCACAAGCAGGACAGUUCUGGGAUGAGGCUGUGGAAAAGGAGGUGGUUUGUGCUUGCUGAUUACUGCUUGUUUUACUAUAAAGACAGCCGAGAAGAAGUGGUCCUGGGAAGCAUCCCUCUGCCUAGCUACGUGAUCUCGCCUGUGGCCUCUGAGGAUCGCAUAAGUCGCAAGUACUCCUUUAAGGCUGUGCACACAGGGAUGCGAGCACUCAUCUACAACAGCUCCACGGCAGGCUCCCAGACUGAGCAGUCAGGCAUGAGGACCUACUACUUCAGUGCUGACACCCUGGAGGACAUGAACGCUUGGGUGAGGGCCAUGAACCAGGCCGCACAGAUGCUAUCUCGAUCAUCACUGAAGAGGGAUUUGGAGAAAGUGGAGCGGCAAGCUGUGCCUCAGGCCAACCACACAGAGUCCUGUCGAGAGUGCAGUGAUAUGGGUCCUGAACACUUAAGGAAUUGUCCUCAUCAUAGCCAUGAUGACUCUGUUGGUUUUGAGACGCAGGAACAGGAAGAAGAGCGUUACCAUUCCCAGAGGGACCUGCUGGAGAGCAAGCGGGACAGAAGCAAGGCCAGGUCCCCAUACUUGCCUGCUGAGGAGGAUGCCUUGUUUGUGGAUUUACCCAGUGGCCCAAGAGGCCAGCAGGCACAGCCCCAGCGUGCAGAGAGGAAUGGCAUGCUGCCCGCCUCUUAUGGCCCCGGAGAGCAAAAUGGUACCGGUGGGUACCCUCGGGCCUUUCCUCCCAGGGCCACCACAGAGAAGCACAGCCAGAGGAAGAGCAGCCUGGCCCAGGCAGAGCCCUGGACAAAGGCCCCAAAGGCAGAUGGCAGGAGCCAUCUCUCAGACCAGACACUUCCUCGCCAGGGUCCCAGCCAGCCCUUGUCCUUUCCAGAAAACUACCAGACCCUUCCCAAAACUACACGGCAUCCCUCGGGGAGCUCCUCGCCCCCUCCACGAAACCUGCCCAGUGACUACAAGUAUGCACAGGACCGUGCUAGCCACCUGAAGAUGUCAAGUGAGGAGCGCCGGGCACACCGGGAUGGCACUGUGUGGCAACUGUAUGAGUGGCAGCAGCGCCAGCAGUUCCGGCAUGGCAGCCCCACAGCACCCAUCUGUGCCGGCUCCCCAGAGGUUGCAGACCAGGGCCGGAGCAGGAGCAUGCUGGAGGUGCCCCGCUCUAUCUCUGUGCCUCCAUCACCUUCGGACAUCCCUCCCCUGGGGCCCCCAAGGGUCUUUCCACCCAGGCGGCCACACACACCAGCAGAGCGUGUUACCGUGAAGCCACCAGAGCAGAGGAGAAGUGUGGACAUCUCGUUGGGAGGCUCUCCGAGGAAGGCACGGGGUCAUGCCAUCAAGGACUCCUCGCACAUGGACCGACGCUCCAUGCCCUCCAUGGGUUACAUGACCCACACUGUCAGCGCUCCCAGUUUACAUGGAAAAUCGCUGGAGGAGCUCUCACUGCUUCUCACCCGGUUGCGACGGCAUCAGGCCAAGUUGGCCAGUGUAAGAAAUUUUGCCGUGGGCCAGUUACUGCAGCACCAUCUGACCUUUCCCACCUGCCAGGCCGAUGACACCUACCUUCAGCUGAAGAAAGACUUGGAAUACCUGGAUCUAAAGAUGACAGGCCGGGACCUUCUUAAAGAUCGAAGCUUGAAACCUGUGAAGAUCGCUGAGAGUGACAUUGAUGUCAAACUGAGCAUCUUCUGUGAACAAGACAGGAUCCUCCAGGACCUGGAAGAUAAGAUUCGAGCCCUCAAGGAGAACAAGGAUCAGCUGGAAUCUGUGCUGGAGGUAUUGCACAGACAGAUGGAACAGUACCGAGACCAGCCACAGCACUUGGAGAAAAUUUCCUACCAGCAGAGGUUGCUGCAGGAGGACCUGGUCCACAUCCGAGCGGAGCUCUCCAGAGAGUCCACUGAGAUGGAAAACUCCUGGAAUGAGUACCUGAAGUUGGAGAGUGAUGUGGAACAGCUGAAGCAGACCCUGCAGGAACAACACAGACGAGCCUUUUUUUUCCAGGAGAAAUCACAGAUACAGAAGGACCUGUGGAGGAUUGAAGAUGUCCUGGCAGGCCUGAGUGCAAAUAAAGAAAACUACAGAAUCCUGGUGGAAUCAGUCAAGAAUCCUGAGAGAAAAACAGUGCCUUUGUUCCCUCACCCGCCUGUGCCUUCACCCUUGACCUUGGAGAGCAAGUCCCCCCCGCAGCCCAGUCCUCCUGCCAGCCCCGUGCGGACACCCCUGGAAGUUCGGCUGUUCCCACAGCUACAGACCUAUGUGCCCUACCGACCUCACCCGCCCCAGCUGAGGAAAGUGGCAUCCCCGCUUCAGUCACCAACUAAGACAAAGCCCAAAAUGGAGGAUGAGGCACCUCCCAGACCCCCACUUCCUGAACUCUACAGCCCAGAGGACCAACCGCCUGCUGUGCCCCCUCUCCCCAGGGAGGCCACCAUCAUCCGGCACACUUCUGUGCGUGGCCUCAAGCGGCAGUCAGAUGAGAGGAAGCGAGACCGGGAGCUGGGGCAGUGUGUGAAUGGGGACUCAAGGGUAGAGCUCCGGUCAUACGUUAGUGAGCCCGAGCUGGCCUCUUUUGCUGGGGACAUGGCUCAGCCCUCCCUGGGACUUGUGGGUCCUGAGAGCAGGUACCAGACACUGCCAGGCAGAGGGCUUUCUGGGUCCACGUCCAGGCUCCAGCAGUCAUCCACUAUUGCUCCCUACGUCACGCUCCGGAGGGGUCUAAAUGCCGAAAGCAGCAAGGUGACUUUCCCUAGACCCAAGAGUGCCUUGGAGCGCCUGUACUCAGGGGACCACCAGCGGGGCAAGAUGAGUGCAGAAGAGCAGCUGGAGCGCAUGAAGCGGCACCAGAAGGCCUUGGUCCGAGAGCGCAAGAGAACACUGAGCCAAGGAGAGAGGACGGGCCCAGUCUCGGCACGCUACCUCGGCCAGCCGCUCCCCGGGGACCUGGGUUCAUGGAAGCGAGAGCAGGACUUUGACCUGCAGUUGCUGGAACGUGCCAUGCAAGGGGAAAGGAAAGACAAGGAAGACAAUGGCUGGUUGAAAGUGCAGGCCAUGCCUGUCACAGAGUUGGACCUGGAACCACAAGACUAUGACCUGGAUAUCAGCAGAGAGUUAUCUAAGCCGGAGAAAGUCUCUAUCCCCGAGCGCUACGUGGAGCUGGAUCCUGAAGAGCCACCCAGCCUUGAGGAGCUGCAGGCACGUUACCGCAAAGCCGAGAAGAUCCGCAGCAUCCUCACCCGGUCAAGCAUGUGCAACCUGCAGCCCUCAGCAGCCCAGGACCGCAACAGCCUGGCCGACCUGGACUCACAGCUGCAGGAGCAGGAGCGCAUCAUUAACAUCUCCUAUGCCCUGGCCUCCGAAGCCUCCCAGCGCAGCAAGCAGGUGGCAGCGCAGCAGCUGGCCCUCCUCCCGCUUAAAGCACCCCUGUCCUCCAGGACGGUGCCACCUUAUCCCCCCUUAAGCAACGGACUUCACUACACCUUUGUCUAACACCAUCCAAGCACAGCAGCUACUGUGGGGACCGGCCUGGCAUAGGAAGGUGGAGGAGCUGGAGCUCUUUCGGAACUGUCCUUUUGGCCCAAUGCAGCAGAGACUAUGAUUCUGACCCCCUGUUGGGCCCACCCUUCCUUCUGUCAUUCCCAAGACAGCUGGGUGGCCCAGCGACCAGCACACACUAUGCUGCAGACCCUGAGGUUGGAAAGAAUUAAAUCUUGGCUUUUGUGGGCUUGUGCCAAAGAAAGAGAAAAACUGCGGGACUAAAAAAGGCCCGAAUUAAUAGAUGAUGGAAUUGAGGUCCAUGAGGACCAGGGCUCACCCCAGGUUUCCCAGCAUUGGAGUCAGGGCGAGGAAAGGGCUGCCCUUGCUGCCACUGAGCACCCUAGGGCAGAGAGAAAAGAAGCCCAGGAUGAUGUAAUUGGCACCACCCCACGAGGUUCUCCCUGAAUGAACAUCUCUGGCCACAAGAGGCAGUGGGCUAGGGAGGGAGCCGGGAGGCCGGUAUCUGGCCCAUCUCAGGUAGGUGUGUGUCCCGGGCCUACUGCCGCAGAGCCCAUUGCUUCACCCAGACCAGGGGAGGCUCAGGCAGGACGCCUUGGCAUCCAUGUUGCUGGCAUUAGCAAGGUGCCCCCCCCCCCGCAAUCCCUUAUAUUUGCUUGGGACUAUUCUUGCUCAGUACCUGCCAUGUGCCAGGCACUGUGCUAAGCACCUCUUUUGAUCCACACAACAACCUUAUGAAGAUAUCCAUCCCCCUUUUACAGACGAGGAAAUGAAGCUCAGACACCCUGAGGGACUCACCCCAGGAGUCAAGGCUUGUAAGUGGCAGGUUUGGAGCCCAUGGGUGAGAGUCCAGAGCCCUUGCUUUCCAUUGCCACUUGUGGACUCAUCAGGACACCCCUAGGCACUCUGGAUGUCUAUAGAAGAUAGUGGUAGGAUGGGUCAGGAUCUCUGCAGUGUCCUCCAGCCCAGGGUACCCCAGCUUUAAGCAGUCAGUGGGCCCAGCCAGCCCACGGUGGAAGGAAGAGAACAGCCUACCUGGGCCGGAUUCUUGGGAGCUAGGGAGCAGGCCUGUAAGCAAAACACCCUAAGGGAUCCUUCUGUGGCCCUUCCUGAAGGCCACAGGGACCUGCCAAGGCCAAAGCAGGGCAUGUAACUUUUCCCUAGAGAUCUGAGAGGGUGACACCACCCAAACACAGAGAGGCAGGACAGAGGCUGUGUUUCCUAGUACUUGGUGCCCCUGUGGCUUCACAGUUGGCUUGAAUGCACUUUUCAGGCUCAUCCACAUUCCUGUUCCUCUCACAGCAUCACUGGGAGGGAGCAGAGUAUGAUGGCUCCAUUUUUAGGUUAGAAAGAUGGGGCACAUAGAGGCCAAGUUUGCCAUAGUCAUCCAAUGAGUGAAGGGAAAGACCAUAGCGAGAGACCGAAGUCUCCCCCAAACCCUUUGCUCUGUUGUGCACAGGGACCCAGUUUAGGGGGCAGUGUGUGUCUGUGCUUCCUAGAAGAGGGAGUGUGAGGCCCAUGAGUCCUGGAAGAUGAAGGUCCCAAGAUCCCUCAGCAGUGGCCGCAUAGCCCUAGUGCCCUUCUCUGCUGCUGUCACUUGUCAUCCCGUUUGUGUGCCCCAUGCCACUGCCCGCUUCCCAGGUGUGAGCAGGGAUCUGCUAGCCUCUCACUGUCUCGUGUGCUUUUUGCCAGCCCAGGCAGUGACCGGCCCGUGACCCAGUGUGCAGAGAAGCCUGGAGCCAGGGCCGAGCAGAACCAGCUCCUCCCAGGAGAUUGGCCUCUCGGCCCCACCAUCCCUUGCAGCUGAGCAGGUUCUGGUGGAGGAAGGGACAGCACACCAGCCCUGAGGUGUCCCCCCACGGAGCUGGGCCCCAACACACCCCUGUUCCAGUGCAGACUCCAUUUUACAAGUGAUAAAGGCACUUUUAAUAGACACUGUAAAAUACUGGCACUGGAUUUCAGAAUCGGGAUGUAUUUUAUACUGUUCACUUCAAGGGCUGCAUGGCUGGGGUGGUGAGGGUGCAGGGCAGGUAGCUGCACACACAGAUUCAGGACGAGUGGAGUAGGGGUACAGGCAGGGGCGGACUGGCUGUCGGGGUCUCCAGUGAGAUUGCCUUCCCGAGGCCCUCAGCUGCAGACAGUAGCAUCCCCAGCCUGACCUGAUGAUCGGCACCCAGGUCUGUGCCUUGGCCCUUGAUUUUGUUUCAGGGCAGCUGUGUGUUUGAGAGCUCCGGGCUCCCUAACCUCCCCAGCAGAUUCUCUCUGCAAAGGGCUCUUCUUAGAAAGAAGCAGCUAUUACUUUCAUUAAAAAAUACAUUUUAAAGUACAGAAAAUGUGAGCGGAAGCACCUUUUUGUAUCAUAGCAAUAAACUCUAUACUAGAUGGCAUCUACCUGAGAAUCUGUGACCAACUUCCCGCCAAGCAGGCGUGACAGGAACCUGCCUGCCUGGGGUCCCUAGGACUUGGGUCUGGUGGCAGGAGAGCUGGUGUUGUGCUCUCUGCCAGCCUUGAUGAGCUUGUCACCAGUAGGGCCAAGCGGCACGACUUUAACAUGACUUCCAGCCCAAAUGAGGAGGCUACCGAGCCAGGUGCAGCGUUUGUGGUCCUUUAUUUACAGUUGUCCCACAGUGUUCUGCGUACAGAAAACAAUGUUUAAAAGGAAAACAUGAAAACUUUGGGUGGAGCCACACUUUAAAUGAAAAUUUGUCAGUGACUAUGCUCAGAAAAAAAAAAGAAUCUUGAAUAUACUUAGAAGUUGUGGUCUAUUUUUAACUAACUCCAUAUGCUGCCAGUAUCAACUUCAUGACAUUUGCCAAAAUAAAAUUUUAUUUUUGUCUUUAUAGGAUGUUGUUUGAAAACUGAAAUGAAUAUUUUGUAAGAAAAUGUUAAUUUAAGUAAAAGUGUAAUGGUUUGCAAAAUAACAAACAAAAAUGUGAUGUACAGAUUAAAAUAAUAACUUGACACUU